GCAUUUAACAUGAUUGAUCCGCUAAUAGGACAGAAGAGCAGACGCACAACUUCAGCUUUAAAUCUACCCACGGUUCCUCUUUCCUCCUUUCUUUCCACUUCAACUCAAACGAGCUUGAUGUGAGCCGAGGGGGGAAAAAACUCCAAAAAUCACCUCCUUUCCCUUCUGUCACCCUCACAGAGCACCUCUCACCUUUACUUUCGGAUUGUGGCUUUAACUCACGGCUUCACUGGGCACAAAACGACACGAGAUUCUCUUCUGCAACUUUAACGCACACCAGGGACAAACAAAUCACCGACAGGGAAACUUGAUUUAUUUUUAUUUUUUUUUUUUCUGGCACAAAGAAGCGUUAAAGUUACACAAUGAGUCUGAAGUCAGAUUCAGAGACGAACACCAGUGUUUCAUUAGAGGAGGAGGUACGAACACUCUUUGUCAGCGGGCUGCCUGUUGACAUCAAGCCUCGCGAGCUUUACCUGCUGUUCAGACCCUUCAAGGGAUAUGAAGGAUCUCUCAUAAAACUGACCUCAAAACAGCCUGUGGGGUUUGUCACGUUUGACAGUCGGUCUGGUGCUGAAACGGCCAAGAAUGCGUUAAAUGGCAUCCGCUUUGACCCAGAGAGUCCUCAAACGCUGCGUCUGGAGUUUGCUAAAGCCAACACGAAGAUGGCGAAGAGUAAACUGAUGGCCACGCCAAACCCUUCCAACCUGCACCCUGCUCUCGGUGCGCACUUCAUCGCUCGAGACCCAUAUGACCUGACGGGGGCAGCACUGAUCCCUGCGUCUCCUGAAGCGUGGGCCCCGUAUCCGCUCUACACCACUGAACUGACUCCAGGCCUGCCUCACGCCGCCUUCACCUACCCCGCCGCUGCUGCCGCUGCCGCCGCUCUGCACGCCCAGGUGAGGGACCCGCCGAUGCGCUGGUAUCCGUCUCCCUCUGAAAGUUCUCAGCCGGGAUGGAAAUCACGUCAGUUCUGUUAAAUAAUCAAUGCCGACCAACACCAGAUGUUUGGUUCUCCUUUUCUCCCUCCUGUGUGAACGAAGGACAACUGGGCUCAGCAUUUAAUUUAAUCAGGUUUAUUUAACGGACAAUCAAAAGCAUGAAGGAUUAUUUUUCUUGAAGCGGUAGAGAUACUGAGGACUCGCGGUACUGUUUCAAAACGCGUCUCGCUGCUCUUGUAGAUGUACGUUUUCAUCGUUCUGCAUGCGUAAAGGCAUGAGUUUUAAAAUGCAAACUACUUGUCUGUUUAUUCGCAAGUCCCAGUUUUUUUCCAGCCUCUCGUUUCUAUCAUUUGUAAAAGGUGAAGACAUGAAUUCGUUUGUUUUUUUAACUGACGACAUAUGCACUGGGUAUUUGUUUUUGUUUGUGAUCCUGAUGCAAGUUUUUUCGUCUUCAUGCGUCUUGCCCUGAAUUCACAGACCCUCCGCUAUCUGUGUCUGCUUUGAGAAUAUUUGAACAAAAAAAAAAAAAAAGAAAUGUACAAGUGUUUCUGUACAUUGUGUAAUGAGUAUUUAUGCAUUUAUUUUUGUUUCGUGCAAUUAAAUAAGUAUAUAUGUAUGAGCAGUUUAGUGUUGCCUUGUUAUUAUUUUGUGGUUGUUGAUGAUAGUAACGCUUUACAAUAACCGAACAUGAAUAAUGAUGUAUUAUGUAAACUAAA